AUGAACGACUGCGCCAUCCUGCUACCCAGCGAGGACAACAAGUGGCUAAGCUUCAACAAUUAUAGCAGGAAGGAGCAAGUUCCAUUUGUGGUGUAUACUGACUUUGAAUGCAUCUUACAGAAGACUGUAAGCGAGAAGGAAGAGGAGGGAUGUACAUCGCGCGCGUAUCAACAUCACAAAGUAUUUAGCAUAGCAUAUUACUUGCGUUGCUCACAUAAUAAUUCAUUGUCAUAUUUUCGGAGCCGUCGCGAUACGGAUUGUAUUUCGUGGUUCGUCAAGCAACUCGAAGAGUUAGCGCACUGCGUAAAAAUAAUUUUGUGUACUAAUCUCCCCAUGGAAACUUUGUCGAAGGAACAGUGAGCGGCAUUUCGUAACGCGACGCCAUGUCACGUGUGCGAGAAGCCAU